AUGUCUACCGUUGCGAAAAAGAAGAAAAUACGCCAAGAUCACCGAGCUUACGCUUCGAAAAUAUUAGGAAAUGUGAAAAGCGUAAUACAGAAUUAUGACUCGUCGAAUGAAAGCAGAUUGAGACAACUCAAGAUUUCCUUAGAAGAGAGAUUAAAGAAACUGAAAACUUUAGACGAAGAAAUACUUGAAGUUAUUGAAGACAGCGAAAUUACGAGCGAAAUAGAAGAGUCUGGAGAGUUUACCGAGAAUAUUUAUGGCGCUAUUGUAGAGAUCGAUAGCGUUUUGUCGAAGAGCAAAUUACACCAACAACUAGAAAACAACGGAGACAAUUUAAUCGGAGAAGCAGAGAGUUUAUCGCAAAGCAAUGGAUCGAAGAAUAAACACGCAAAACUACCGAAACUUGCAUUAAAUACAUUUUACGGAGAACCAACUCAAUGGCUGUCGUUUUGGAAUUGUUUUGAAAGCGCUGUUAAUAAGAAUGAUGAACUGUCCAAGGUGGACAAAUUUAAUUAUCUCAAGAGUCUCUUGAAAGGUCCAGCAGCGUCGACAAUCGCAGGUCUACAACUUUCGGCAGAAAACUACGAUACAGCGGUGAAAUUAUUACAAGAGCGCUUUGGAAAUAAACAAGUAAUAAUUAGCGGUCAUAUGGACAGUUUGUUAAAAAUAACAUCAUUGAACGUUUCGAAUGACGUAAAGAAACUACGACAAAUGUACGACAAAGUUGAGACACAUGUAAGAGGUCUACAAGUUCCCACUGAAUCAUACGGUAGUCUUUUGGUGCCUAUAUUGAUGACCAAAAUUCCAGAGGACAUUCGAAUAUUGCUAGGGCGACAGAUUAAAGAAGACAAAGAUUGGAAACUUGAUGAGUUACUUCGCCUUCUACAAGAAGAAAUUAAGAACCGAGAACGAUGUGAGGGAAUUAAAGCGAUCGAGACACCUUCAGAAAACCGCGAGAGAAAAUAUCAGCGAAAAGAUCCUUCGUCAUUAGCAGCGUUGUUGGCAGAAGAAAAAGCAGCGCGAGUUGACUGUACCUAUUGUAAACAGCCACACCCAACAGUAGAAUGCAAAGUUGUCACAAACGUAGAAGCGAGAAAACAGAUUUUAAUGAAACAAGGACGGUGUUUUAGAUGCCUUAAACGAAACCACAUCGCCCGAGAUUGUCAAACGAAAACAACUUGUCAAAAGUGCUCAAGAAAACAUCAUGUUAGUUUAUGCGAGAGUGAACAACAACAAAAACGAGACAACCUUGGGAAAUCGCCAGAAGAAAAGUCCAACCAGUCCAGCACACUUUACGUUAGCUCAAAGAACUCCAUUCUACUUCAAACUGCACAAGCUUUCGUUGGAUUAAGAGAGUCAAAUUCCGGGGUUCGUGUUAGAGUUAUAUUUGAUUCAGGAAGUCAGAAGAGUUUUAUUAAAAGAAGUGUGCGAGAUCAACUGAAAUUACCAACAAUCGCCAAGGAGUCUUUGGUCAUAAAAACGUUCGGAAAUGAUGAGAUCAACCGCAAGGAAACCUGUGACAAAGUUCAAUUCACAGUCGGAGAUAUUGGAGGACGUUUCUCGACCAAAAUGGAAGCCUAUGUUGUGCUUGAUAUUUGUGCGCCAAUUUCUAAUCAAGAAAUCGACCGAGCCAAACGUUGUUAUGCUCAUCUGAAGAAAAUCGACUUAGCUGAUAGUAACCAUGGUAACGAAGAGAUGGAAAUUCAGUUGCUGAUCGGAGCGGAUUAUAUGUGGUCCUUUUUCACGGGCGAAAUCGCGAGAGAAGAGCAAGAGAUUGGUUCAGUGGCGAGCAAAACAAGUCUUGAAUGGGUACUAUCGGGUCCAAUUUCAACUACGAAGAAACAGAAACUGUCUAACGUAAAUUUUGUUUCAGCACACGUGCUAAAGAUUGCCGGAAAUUGCCAAGAGAAACCCACAGCUGAAGAAUUACUUCACAAGUUAUGGGAUAUCGAGUCCAUUGGUAUACGAGAUAAAGAAACAGUCCACGAAUCGUUUUUGAAGAACGUCACCUUUGAAGAUGGAAGAUAUUCUGUUAGCCUACCAUUAAAGGAACAACACGAACUUUUACCAGACAACUACGACCUGAGCUUAGCGAGAUUGAACACUUUGGUUAAACGUCUGCGUAAAGACCAACCAAUCCUUCAAGAGUACAACGGAAUUAUCGAAGACCAGCUUCACCAGGGAAUAGUUGAAAGAGUUCAAGAAUCGCAAGAGCAUCAAGUCGGACAGACACACUACUUACCGCAUCAAGCGGUCAUCAGAAAAGAUGCAUUAACCACAAAGACAAGAGUUGUAUUUGACGCCAGUGCGAAGGUCUGCAAGAAUUAUCCUUCCUUGAACGAUUGCAUUUAUACUGGCCCGUCAUUAACACCAGGAAUAUUUGACAUACUACUACGCUUCAGACGAAACAAAGUAGGACUAGUUGCCGACAUCGAAAAGGCUUUUUUGAACAUAGCUAUUGACGAGAAACAAAGAGAUUUGAUGCGAUUUCUGUGGCUGGACACGUUUCGGAAUAUUAUCGUAAAGAUCUAGCUUUGGCAAAGGCCCUGUUAGAUGCUUUGUACGUGGACGACUGGACAUCAGGCGAAGAAGAUGAAGAUCGAGCGUAUGAACUGUAUCGUGAAACUAACGAGUGUUUUGCUUCAGGGGGUUUCAAGUUGCGAAAAUGGGCAUCGAACAACAAAGCAGUCAUCGACAAGAUUAUCCAAGAGAGAGAACAAAGAGAAGGAGUAAAUAAAGCUGAUAUCGCCACAAAGGACGACGAAUCUUAUGCCAAAACCACGGGUGGUGGUCUGGACGAAAUUGACCCUACUACGGAGCAUAAAGUUUUGGGACUUAACUGGAACCUUAAAAACGAUACAUUUAUUCUGAAACUGAACAAGAUCUCUAACCUUGGAGAAGGUCUUGAACCAACAAAACGGAACGUCUUGAAAGUUGCUGCCAAAUUGUUUGAUCCUUUGGGCUUGAUCUCGCCAGCGACAGUGCAACUUCGUAUGCUGCUGCAAGAUUUAUGUGCCAAGAAAUAUGACUGGGACAGUAUUAUUACCCAAUCAAGUGCCAAAAUUCUUCGGAUAUGGCUCGAUGAUGCGGAGAAAGUUGACCAAAUUCUAAUUCAGCGUUAUUACUUUCCAACUGCGACUAAGAGAAUAGAAUCAGUCACUCUUCAUGGAUUUGGAGACGUGUCAAAGGGAGCUUACUGCGCGGUCGUUUAUCUGUGCGUAGAAACCGAGGAUGGCUACAUGACAAGUCUUGUGGGUUCGAAGAGCAGAGUAGCACCCUUGACACCUAUAACGAUACCGAGACUUGAACUGAUCGCUGCACUCAUUCUUGCACGUCUGAUUUCCACAGUCAAGGAAGCACUCAGCGGAGUCAUUGAUAUCGAAAAGAUUUUCUGUUGGACAGACAGCAUCACGGUCUACUAUUGGAUCCAAUCGAAUAGAGAAUUCAAGCAAUUUGUUCAGAACAGAAUCGAUGAAAUCCUGAAACUGACAAAUGCAGAAAACUGGCGACAUUGUGCUGGAAAGACCAAUCCUGCAGACAUUGGUUCCAGAGGAUGUUUACCAUCAGAACUUGUAAGCAAUGACUUGUGGUGGAACGGCCCUACCUGGCUAAAGCAGUCUCCACAGAGUUACCCAAUGUCAGAGAAAAUAGAGGAAACCGAAGAUCAGUCAGAAGAAUGCCUCAAGGAACUGCGAGUUAAGGCAAUAUCGACCACUACAGCUACCAACCUUGUUAAAGAAACCACGUCUGUCAAGAACACUAACCUGUCAAGGAUUAUUGACAUUACCCGGUUUAGUUGUUUUGCAAAAUUGCUCAGAGUUACAGCUUUAGUGUUCAGAUUUGUUAAUAUCCUGAAGGAAAAACACAAUGAUUAUCAAUGUUCAGAAAACAUUGUUUUAACUACAGCAGAGAUUACAGAAGCUAGGAACACUUGGAUUCGUAAUUGUCAAAUAGAACUUGAACAGCAGCCAAACUACGAGACCUUGCAACAACAACUCGGAGUGUACGGUGAUGUAGAACACAUCCUGAGGUGCAAGGGGAGAUUGGAUCAUGCAUCACUGCCAGACGAAACUAGACAUCCAGUGUUACUACCACGAAACCACCAUCUUUCCACUCUUGUUGUUAAAUCGUGUCACGAGAAGAUUCAUCACGGUGGUACAAGAGAAACGCUAGCAGAGGUUAGGAGUGUUUAUUGGAUCCCGAAAGGAAGACAAUUCGUGCGAAAGAUUCUACAACAAUGCGUAACGUGCAAGAAAAUCCAAGGUGUGACUUUCCAACCACCUCAACCAGCUCAUCUACCCGAAACGAGAGUUACAGAAACAACUGCAUUUACCCACGUCGGCGUAGAUUUCGCUGGUCCGGUUUAUGUAAAGGAAAUGAAUGGUCACGAAAAGGAGAUGAAGAAAGCUUACAUCUGUUUGUAUACGUGUGCGACGUCUAGAGCACUUCACUUAGAGUUGACGCCUGACCUCUCUACCGAAGCUUUCAUCCGAUGUUUAAGGAGAUUCACUGCAAGACGAGGUACGCCGGCCACGAUAACAUCGGACAAUGCAAAAACUUUCAAACGAGCAAACAAGGAAAUAAUCAAGAUAUUUGAGGGACAAAAUCUACAACAAUUUGCAGAGAAUAUGGGUAUCACAUGGAAGUUUAUUCUAGAAAAGGCGCCGUGGUGGGGUGGCUACUACGAGCGAAUGGUUAAACUUGUUAAGCUAAGUUUACGCAAAGUUCUGGGACGAGCUCAAUUGAGUUACGAGGAAUUCAUGACAGUACUGACUGAAAUCGAAGGAGUUCUGAAUUCGCGACCUAUUACUUAUGUUUAUCCAGAUCUAACUGAGGAACCAUUAACUCCUUCACACCUGACCAUCGGGAGACGGCUUGCCACAUUACCAAGUGAAAGUCAGCUUAGUGAUGACGAAAGUUCGGAAGCAACGUUCAAACGUAGAGCACGUUAUCUAAGCAAAUUACUGGAACAUUUUUGGAAACGAUGGUCUAGAGAAUACUUAGUAGACUUGAGAGAAUUUCACAACAGCAAAUCCACCAAAUCAAGGAGAAGAAUUCAAGUAGGAGAUGUUGUAUUGAUAAAGGAUGAUGGACUACCGAGAUCGAAAUGGAAACUUGCAGAAGUUAAGGAAUUGAUGAAAGGUAGAGAUGGAGAGACAAGAGGAGCUGUAUUGAGAACAGUUACAAAGAAGGGAUCCCAUACGAUCCUACGAAGACCAGUUCAAAGACUUUGUCCAUUGGAAGUGAAUAGUAACACAGUUAGCGAGCAGAAGAAAUUAUCUGAAGAAAAGAACGAAACAGUUGAAUCAUCGAAACCAGCUAGACGAAAGGAAGCUAUCAAAGCAGAUAGUGUUCGCAGACAUUUUGAACAACGCUGA